AUGUCGGCCGCGGGCUCAGCGCUGCGACGGCUCAGCCAGCGGGUUGCUCCCCGCACUCUGACGCUUCCAUCCCGCAUCGUCGCCCCCGCUCUGUCGCGCUCCCUGCUUCUCCCCAACUGUACCAACGCCCUCAAGGCGACCUCUGCUGCAUCUGCCUCGCGAUUCUCGACAAUGGCUGCCCUGCGUGCUGCCGCGCCUCCCGCGCUGGAGAAGGCCUACGAUCCCGAGAUCAGGGACUUGGCCCACUACAUCCACCACUACAAGAUCGAGUCUGAUCUGGCGUUCGAUACCGCCCGUCUGGUCUUCCUCGACACCCUGGGCUGUGGGCUCGAGGCUCUUCGAUUCAGAGAGUGCACGAAGCUCCUCGGUCCUGUAGUCGAGGGCACCGUCGUCCCCAAUGGCACUCGGGUUCCUGGCACGCCCUACCAGCUGGACCCUGUCAAUGGCGCCUUCAACAUCGGUGCCAUGAUCCGAUGGCUCGACUACAACGACUGCUGGCUGGCUGCUGAAUGGGGUCAUCCCUCCGACAACUUGGGCGGCAUCCUGGCGGUGGCAGACUGGAUCUCGCGCACCAACCGCGCCGGCGGCAAGCUGGGAGAGGGCCGCGUGCUGAAGGUGCGGGAUGUGCUGGAGGCCAUGAUCAAGGCCCACGAGAUCCAGGGCGUGCUGGCGCUGGAGAACUCGUUCAACAAGGUCGGUCUGGACCACGUCGUCCUGGUCAAGGUGGCCACGACCGCCGUGACCGCCAAGCUGCUGGGUCUGAACGAGCAGCAGACGGCGGAUGCUAUCACCCACGCGUGGGUGGACGGCCAGAGCCUGCGCACGUACCGUCACUCGCCCAACACCAUGUCGCGGAAGUCGUGGGCGGCGGGAGAUGCGUGCCAGCGGGCGGUCAACCUCGUGCUGAAGGUGCUCAAGGGUGAGGGUGGCAUUCCGACGGUCUUGUCUGCGCCGGGAUGGGGCUUCUACGACAACUUGUUCAAGGGCAACAAGUUCAAGUUCCAGCGCCCGUACGGCAGCUACGUGAUGGAGAAUGUGCUGUUCAAGGUGUCAUAUCCUGCUGAAUUCCACUCCCAGACGGCCAUCGAGGCCGCCCAGAUCAUUAACAAGAAGCUCGCGGAGAUGGGCAAGACUGCGGCGGAUAUCAAGGAGAUCACCAACCGCACGCACGAAGCCUGCAUCCGGAUCAUCGACAAGCAGUUCAAGCCCAUGGACAACUUUGCGGACCGCGACCACUGCGUUCAGUACAUGGUGGCGACGAUGCUCGUCUUCAACCGGCUAACAGCCAACGACUACGCCGACGGCUCCGAGGCCGCCACAUCGCCGCUGGUAGAGGACCUGCGCAAGCGGAUCCGCUGCGUCGAGGACCCGCAGUUCACCAAGGACUACCACGACCCGGCGAAGCGGACGAUCCCGAACGCGCUGACGGUGACGCUGAACGACGGCACCGUGCUGGACGAGGUAGUCGUCGAGGCGCCGCUGGGCCACCGCCUGCGCCGAGAGGAGGCCAAGUCCGAGAUCCUGGCCAAGUACAAGCGGCACCUGGAGGCGCACUUUGACGCCGAGCGCGUCAAGUACCUGCUGGAGCUGGGCUGGAACCGGGCGGAGCUGGAGAAUUAUGACGUGGACAAGUAUGUGGAUUUAAUAUCAGACAGAGUCCAGGGAAGUAUAACCAGAGAGAGAAACAGUGAAUUUAGCCAUAAAUCUUAG